AUGAUGGUUACCAGGCUGGCUCACUCUUUUGGUAUAUUUGAUGAGCCUGAGGCAACAUUCCUCACUAGGAUGGAUGGUCGCCCUUUGCAACCACCUUUGUUUAAAACCGCUCGGAUCGUGAGGGAUUUUGGAAAUAACCACUUCUCGGUACCUUCAGAUGAUGUAGUUGAAGUGUCGUCUGAGCUAGAAGAACGUCAGAAUGUGCGACCGAAAGUGGAGGAUCAGGAGCCUCGAGACCCACCCAUAGGAUAUGUAUUACGCAUGGACCCUUAUCACGUUAUGGCCCGUCAGUACGAUGAUGAUAUUGGUAGGGGUUUAACUUUUUGGCGUAUUCUAUGGAGGUGA